CGGUCUAUUAGAGAGGAAGACGGAACGAGCAGAUCCUUCCGUUGGGUUAAAAUAGCUACAACUCCACGCAUGCGCAGUUAGCGUACUUCCUGGUGCGUGUGAAUGAGCGUUUGAACUGAAGUUCGUGCACAACACUGAAGGUUAAAACCGUGUUAGCAGCAGUCUGGACGCACGUCUGUCCGGAGGCAGCGACAUAUCUUCUGGACCGCUGAGGUGUGAUGCAGGCAGCCGGUAAACUCAUGAAGGUUUUCCUGACGAGGCGCAUCCCGCCAGAAGGGAUGAAGAUCCUGUCAGCAGCUGGAGUGUGUGAGGUGUCUCUGUGGGACUCGGAUGAACCGGUACCGAGGGAAGAGCUUCUCAAAGGUGUGCAGGGGGCUCAUGGGCUGCUGUGUCUGCUGUCCGACAAGAUCGAUGCUGAGGUUCUGGAUGCUGCAGGACCCAACCUAAAAGUAAUCAGCACUCUGUCGGUGGGAUUUGACCACAUGGCUCUGGGUGAAAUCAAAAAACGUGGCAUACGUGUUGGAUACACUCCGGAUGUCCUGACUGACGCCACAGCAGAACUGACGGUUGCUCUGCUGCUGGCCACCGCUCGCAGGUUACCAGAGGGAGUGGAGGAGGUCAAAAAUGGUGGCUGGAGCUCGUGGAAACCUCUCUGGCUGUGUGGGUAUGGUUUGUCCGGCAGCACGGUGGGAGUCAUUGGACUAGGACGCAUUGGCAUGGCCAUCGCUCAGAGACUCAAGCCCUUUGGAGUGAAGAAGCUUCUCUACUCUGGGAGAACAGCCAAGGCCCAUGCUGCUGAGGUGAAUGGAGAGUUUGUUCCCCUGGACACACUUGUGUCCGAGAGCGAUUUCAUAGUAGUUUCCUGCUCCCUGACGCCAGAAACCCAGGGGCUGUGCGACAAGGCCUUCUUCAGCAAGAUGAAGAAAACAGCCGUCUUCGUCAAUUCAAGCAGGGGAGCUGUGGUGAACCAGGAGGAUCUUUACGAGGCUUUGACCACCGGACAGAUCGCUGCGGCUGGACUGGACGUCACGACACCCGAGCCGCUCCCAACAAACCACCCACUCCUCACGCUUAAAAACUGCGUGGUGUUACCACACAUCGGCAGCGCCACCUACUCCACCAGAGGCAUCAUGGCAGCUCUGUCAGCUCGGAACCUGCUGGGAGGUUUACAGGGCACAGACAUGCCGAGUGAACUCAACUUCUAGUUCUUCUAGAGACUGAGCCGCUGUGCCUAAACGUGCUGCCUCCUCUGGUGCUGCACGGAUAACAUGACAGUAAAGUGCUGGUCUAGUGAUGGUCUCUAAUGUGAGACCAAUGUUAAGCAAAGGAAAAGAGCUGUAGGUAUAGAAAUGUAGUUUAGUGAUGCUCGCAUACAUGUUGACAUCAUGUCAGUGUUAACUUGAUUCUGUGAGUUACUAAUGAACUGCACUUUAAAUAUGCAAUGUGCAUUUUUGAGGAAGGAAAUUAGUUCUUGUAAAAGAAGAAGAAAAAAAAAAACCCAAGCAGCACUCCUUAACCUUAGUUUUUGUUAAAGCACAACACAUGCUCGUGUCUCAUGUCAAAAAACUUGCAUUUGAAGUGAGAAAUCUUUGUCUUUCUUUGUGUAACCUGUGUCAUUAAAGGUGCUCUGUGAAACGUC